AAAGUGUUCCUCCCAUCAUUUGGUGAAGCUUCCACGGAGGGUCAGUCCACCCACGGAGAGCGGGGAAAGCACAGCAGGCGAAACGGGCUGCGAGUAAUUCUUGGUUCAUACCAACAGAGCUCAUUGGUUUGAUCUCUACGAUUUCAUCGGACCUCCAUCCCCUGGAAAAGGUCACGGCUCUUCCUGCUAAAGUUGCGAUGGCGGAGCGGGUUCUGGUGGUAGGAGGCGGGGGACGGGAACACGCGCUGGCCUGGAAGCUGGCCCAGUCGCCCCGGGUCCAGCAGGUUCUGGUGGCUCCCGGAAACGCAGGAACCGCCAGCUGCGGCAAGAUCAGCAACUCUGAGGUGUCGGUGAGCAACCACAGCAUCCUGGCUCAGUUCUGUAAGGACCACCAAGUCGGUUUGGUCGUAGUCGGACCCGAGGCGCCGCUGGCAGCAGGUGGAAUCGAUUCCAGUUUCUUAUUGUGGGAUCAAACCUCAGGAGGUUCUGACCCGUAUCGUCUCUGCAGAUCAGCCUCCAUUUUGAGCUGCAGGAUGGAAAUAACUUGCUGACUUGUUACUAGAGGACAGUUACUGGAACCGGAUCACUGGACUGACUGGUUCUGGUUUCUCUCUCCAAAAGGCCAGAAGAUGAAAGAUCAGGACAGAGCAGAACCUCCAGGACCCAUCAGUCCAUCUAUGAGGAGUGACUGGUCCAAAGAUGAUCCUCCAUACUUCAGUAAUGAACCUGAGCCAUCAGACAGAAAGAGCUGUGAGUGUGAAGAAAGACCCAGAACAGGAGCUGAACGGCCGACAGCCAAUAAGAGCAGCUGUUCUCCAGAUUUUGAUAUUCGGUGUCAGAGUGACCAUAAAGCGUCUCUGAAGAAGAAGUGCCAGAGUCUCUCUGAAGGCGUCGCUGAACCUGGAAAUCAAACCGUUCUGAACCAGAUCUACACAGAGCUCCACAUCACAGAGGGGAAAACUAGAGAGGUCAACCAGGAACAUGAGGUCAGACACAUUGAAACAGCAUCCAGGAAACAAGAAACAAUCAGAAGAGAAGACAUCUUUAAAGUCCCACCUGGAAGAGAUCAACCAAUCAGAACAGUGAUGACCAUGGGAGUGGCUGGCAUUGGGAAAACACUGUUAACACAGAAGUUCACUCUGGACUGGGCUGAAGGCAAAACCAACCAGAACAUUGAUUUCAUAUUUCCAUUCACUUUCAGAGAGCUGAAUAUGUUAAAAGAAGAAAAGUUCAGCUUAUUAGGACUGAUUCAUAAAUUAUUUUCUAAAACCAAAGAAAUCAGCAGCUUUGAAACGUUCCAGGUUCUGUUCAUCUUUGAUGGUCUGGAUGAAAGUCGAUUUACUCUGGAUUUCAAGAACAAUCCGAUCCUGACUGAUGUUACAGAGUCCAGCUCAGUGGAUGUUCUGGUGACAAACCUCAUCAGGAGGAAACUGCUUCCCUCUGCUCUCCUCUGGAUAACCACACGACCUGCAGCAGCCAAUCAGAUCCCUGCUGAGUGUGUUGGCAUGGCAACAGAGGUCAGAGGGUUCACUGACCCCCAGAAGGAGGAGUACUUCAGGAAGAGAUUCAGAGAUGAUGAAGAGAAGGCCAGCAGGAUCAUCUCCCACAUCCAGAAAUCAAAAAGUCUCCACAUCAUGUGUCACAUCCCAGUUUUCUGCUGGAUCACUGCUAAAGUUCUGGAGGAUGUGAUGGAGACCAGAGAGGGAGAAAAACUGCCAAAGACUCUGACUGAGAUGUACAUAGCAUUCCUGGAGGUUAACUUCGCAAUCAAGAAGGAAAAGUAUGAUGGAGGAAAAAAGACAAGAUCAAUCUGGAGUCCAGAGAACAAGAAGCUGAUUGAGUCUCUAGGAAAACUGGCUUUUGAGCAGCUGCUGGAGGGAAACCUGAUCUUCUAUGACGAAGAGCUCAAAAAGUGCGGCAUCAACAUCAAAGAUGCUGCGUUGUUCUCAGGAGUGUUCACUGAAAUGUUUAAAAGAGAGAGAGGGACGUGCGACAUCUCCGUCUACUCCUUUGUUCAUCUGAGCAUCCAGGAGUUUCUGGCUGCAGUCUACAUGCUCCACUGUUUCACCAGCAGGAAGUCAGAGGUGAUCAAGACGUUUCUGGGAGAAAAAUACAGAGAAACAUCUCUAGAUGAGUUCAUGAAGAAAGUCAUGGAGAAAUCCCUCAGCAGUAAAAAUGGCCACCUGGACCUGUUUGUCCGCUUCCUUCAUGGUCUCACUGUGGAGUCCAACCAGAGACUCUUAGAAGAUCUGCUGGGUCAGACAGAGAACAGUCCAGAAACCAUCCAGAGAAUCAUCACCAACCUGAAGGAGAUGAACACUGAUAGAAUCUCUACUGACAGAAGCAUCAACAUCUUCUACUGUCUGAUGGAGAUGAACGACGUCUCAUUUUAUCAGGAGAUCCAACGGCUGUUGGAUUCAGGGAAGCAGCUCUCAGUGACUGACUGUUCAGCUCUGGCCUUCAUGCUGCAGAUGUCAGAGGUUCUGGAUGAGUUGGACCUGGAGAAGUACAACACAUCAGAAUCAGGACGACUGAGACUGGUUCCAGCUGUGAGGAACUGCAGAAAGGCUCGACUUGGUGACUGUUUGAUCCAAAAGGCUGAAUGUGAAGUUUUGGCCUCGGCUCUGAAGUCCAACCCAGAUCUGACUGAACUGGAAAUAAAUCAGAUCACACUGGGAACAAUGGGAUUUAGAAUCUUUGAAGACUCUGAUGUGAAGCCUCUGGUUGAGAUCCUGGAGAGUUCAGUCAGUAAAGUGAAGAAUCUGAGAUUGAAUCUCUGCAGUUUGUCAGAGACCAGCAUGACUUCUCUGUUCUCAGCUCUGAAGUCCAAACCGACCCAUCUGACAAGACUGGACCUGACCAUCACCAACCUUGAAGGUUCUGGACUGAAGGAGCUCUGUGGUUUUCUACAGACUGAUGGCUGCAGACUGGAGACAUUGAAAUUGAAUCACUGCAGUUUGUCAAAGAUCAGCUGUGAUUAUUUGGCCUCAACUCUGAAGUCCAACCCGACCCGUCUGACAGAACUGGACCUGGAAGGAAACAACCUGAAGGAUUCAGAUGUUCUGCAGCUGCAGAAUCUAGUAAAGGCUGUAAAGUUCUGAUCUCUGUGAAGUAGAGAAUGGUCUCAGUGUCCUGCUGAUCCUCAGAGGUUGAAGCUGCAGCAGUUUGAGUCUAAAGAGACUCUGACUGGAUCAUGAUGAUGACCUCUGACCUCCAAGGUUUUCCUCCUGUUUAUUUUCUCGUGUCUGUCAUUUAGUGUCUGAUAUUGUUUGUCUCUUUGGAUCAAUAAAGAUCCAAUUCAAACUGGGCUCCAUUUAGAGGCUUCAUGGAGUUUUGAUCUGAACUGGAUUCAACUGGAAAGUUGAUCUUUUUUCUCUCUGAUUCAUUUUCAUCCUGGAACCAGAAAUGGUCUGAGAAUGGAAACAUGGGAAUCAUUUUCAGUUCAGCUUUGAAGCCAUGAAAGACACUUCAAACCUCUUUUCUCUGCUGCUUCUUCCUUCUGCUGACAUGAAAAUGUUCCUCAAAGCUCCACAGAUAAAAAGAUGCUUUACUGGAAACUGCAGAGAAACUUCAGCUUCCAUCAGAGAAACCAGUUUAACCAGUUUAGAACUGGAUGUCCUACAGAAACUCUGAUCUUAGAGCAGUUUUCAGGAACAUCUAUAAUUUGAAGAAAACGAUUUUUACAUCUUUUUAUCUUUUUAUUUUUGUUCUGAAAAUCUGUAAAUAAUAAAGUUUUCAUCAUAGUCACUGAUUCUCAGUGCUUUAAUAUGUCAGUUUGUUUUGGCUGUUUACCUUUUUAACUCCAUAUUUCGUGUUUUAAUUGUAAAAGUUUAGGACUCAAUGUAGCCCAUCAUAGCUGUUUACUGUGAUUUUGCUGAUUUAUUCAGGCCUCAGAGAAUUAGUGGGGUAAUGAGGUGAUUGGCUCAUUUUCCAUCCAUCCAUUCAUUUUCUGUUGACCCUUGUCCCUAAUUGGGUCAGGAGGGGUGCUGGUGCCUCUCCAGCUACGUUGCGGGUGAGAGGCGGGGUCACCCUGGACAGGUUGCCAAUCUGUAGCAGGGCGUGAUUGGCUUAUUUUAUUUUUUUAAUAUCUCUUUUAAUGUAAUGUGUGUUGCUGGGUGUUUAAUGAUAAACCAAUACAGUUUUUAAUAAU